GGAGGAGGAAGAUGCAAGAGUAAGUUGAGAUAAAGAAGAAGCAGUGAGAAUAUGAAGUUGGUGGUGUUCUUGGUUGCUACAAUUCUGGUGGCAUCUCAAUGCCAUGGCGCUUCCUUCAGAAGCUUCCCUCUCCGAUUGCCAACCGGUUAUGGCGAUGGUGCGAGUUACGGCGACGUAAGAUGCGCCAGUUGGAGACUUGCCGUGGAAGCAAAAAACAUCUUCGGCUUUGAAACCAUUCCCGAACAGUGUGUAGAGGCUACAGCCAACUACAUCGAAGGAGGACAAUACCAAUCAGACUCCAAAACCGUUAACCAACAAGUUUUCUUUUUCGCUAGAGACCGAGAAAUCCAUGAGAACGAUGUGGUUCUGUUCAACAUAGAUGGAACCGUACUCUCCAAUGUCCCAUACUAUUCUCAGCAUGGAUAUGGAUCGGAGAAAUUCAAUUCCACACGUUACGACGAGGAGUUUGUUAACAAGGGUAAUGCACCAGCAUUGCCUGAGACUCUUAAGAAUUACAACAAACUUCUGGAUCUUGGGUUGAAGGUUAUCUUCUUGACCGGGAGAAGAACAGACAAAAAGGCUGUAACUGAAGCCAACUUGAAGAAAGCUGGUUACCACACAUGGGAGAAGUUGAUUCUCAAGGAUCCAUCAAACAAUCAAAACUCAGUUGAAUACAAAUCAACUGAGAGAGCGAAGCUGGUGCAGCAGGGUUACAGAAUCAUUGCAAACGUCGGAGACCAGUGGAGCGGUUUGAGCGGACACAACGUAGGCAUCAGAACCUUUAAGCUGCCUAAUCCCAUGUACUAUAUUGAGUAGUUGAUGACAGCAGUAGCGUGCUCCUAUGUAUGAAAUAAGAUAGGUCAUGCAGAAAUGGAAUGAGCUUGAAAUAGGAGCGUUAAUGGCUGUGUAUGGAUUUGCUUUAUGAUGUUGUGAUGUACGUGAACAAGACACAUCAGAGACUCCACUACGGAGUUUUCUCUCUGUGCCUUUAAUAAACUAUGGAACUUUUUAAACUGCUAUAGGUA